CACGCUGCCGCCGCGCGGGAACCCGGGCGCCUGAAGCUGGGGGCGCGGCCGCGCUCGCUUGGCCGGGCUGGGAUCGGGCAGGCCCUGCCCUGAAGGGGCGAAGCGGUGGGGAGCGCGAGAGGUGGAGCCGGCCCUGGCGGCUGCCCCGUGUCUCCCCCCAGUGCCCCGUCCCCGGACCCGGCCCAGAGGCGGACCCAGGCCCUUGCCCAUGCGGGGCGCCCCCGGCUCGGAAGAGUCCCCGAGGCAGGGAGCAGCUCCAGGCAGCAGCGCCGGAGGGAGAGGAAGAAGGGACAGUGAUCAUCCUGGGCGGCCGAGACCCUCCUCGCCGCGUUUGCAGGCGGGGGCCUCCCUGAAGUCUGCGCUGGGCACCGCCGCUUGGACUAGGGCAGCGCUUGCUGGGACCCCGACCCGGAACCCCUGCGCCUCGUAGGCGCCGGCAGCGCCGCGGCGCCACUCAGCUCUUCCGCGGUCUCCCUCUGCCUGGCGGCAGUCACGGCCAAGAAAGUAUUAUGAGGGAGGCCGAGGACUCCAGGCUCCGGGCAGAGAAACGGCGCUGGGAAUAGGGAUUGCCACUUCUGAGAGGAUGCUGGGAAUCUGCAGAGGGAGACGGAAAUUCCUGGCUGCCUCGCUGACUCUGCUCUGCAUCCCAGCCGUCACCUGGCUUUACCUGUUUGCCGGGAGCUUUGAAGAUGGGAAGCCGGUGUCUCUGUCCCCGCUGGAGUCCCAGGCGCACAGCCCGCGGUACACGGCCUCCAGCCAGCGGGAGCGCGAGAGCCUGGAGGUGCGCGUGCGCGAGGUGGAGGAGGAGAACCGCGCGCUGCGCCGGCAGCUCAGCCUGGCCCAGGGCCGCGCCCCCGCCCCGCGGCGCGGCAACCACUCCAAGACCUACUCCAUGGAAGAGGGCACCGGGGACAGCGAGAACCUCCGUGCCGGCAUCGUGGCGGGCAACAGCUCCGAGUGUGGGCAGCAGCCGGUCGUGGAGAAGUGUGAGACAAUCCACGUGGCCAUCGUCUGUGCAGGAUACAACGCCAGCCGGGAUGUCGUCACCUUGGUGAAGUCUGUCCUGUUUCACAGGCGGAACCCCCUGCACUUCCACCUCAUCGCAGACUCCAUCGCGGAGCAGAUCCUGGCCACGCUCUUCCGGACCUGGAUGGUGCCCGCCGUGCGUGUAGACUUCUACAACGCGGACGAGCUCAAGUCGGAAGUUUCCUGGAUCCCCAACAAACAUUACUCUGGGAUUUAUGGUCUGAUGAAGCUUGUCCUCACCAAGACGCUUCCUGCCAACCUGGAGAGGGUCAUUGUCCUUGACACAGACAUCACCUUUGCGACCGACAUUGCAGAGCUGUGGGCUGUGUUCCACAAGUUCAAAGGUCAGCAGGUCCUGGGCCUGGUAGAGAACCAGAGUGAUUGGUACCUUGGAAACCUGUGGAAAAAUCACCGGCCUUGGCCUGCCCUUGGGAGGGGCUACAACACAGGGGUGAUCCUGCUGCUUCUGGAUAAGCUGCGGAAGAUGAAGUGGGAGCAGAUGUGGAGGCUGACUGCAGAGAGGGAGCUCAUGGGCAUGCUCUCCACAUCCUUAGCUGACCAGGAUAUUUUCAACGCUGUCAUCAAACAAAACCCCUUCCUUGUGUAUCAGCUCCCCUGCUUCUGGAACGUGCAGCUGUCGGACCACACCCGCUCCGAGCAGUGCUACAGAGACGUGUCUGAUCUAAAGGUCAUUCACUGGAACUCCCCCAAGAAGCUUCGGGUGAAGAACAAGCACGUGGAGUUCUUCCGCAACCUCUACCUGACCUUCCUGGAGUACGACGGGAACCUCCUGCGCCGGGAGCUGUUCGGCUGCCCCAGCGAGGCUGACGUCAACAGUGAAAACCUCCAGAAACAGCUUUCUGAGCUGGAUGAGGAUGACCUGUGUUACGAGUUCCGGCGAGAGCGUUUCACCGUCCACCGAACCCACCUGUACUUCUUGCACUAUGAGUAUGAGCCUGCUUCAGACAGCACGGAUGUCACCCUGGUCGCCCAGCUCUCCAUGGACAGGCUCCAGAUGCUCGAGGCCAUCUGCAAGCACUGGGAGGGCCCCAUCAGCCUGGCCCUCUACCUGUCGGACGCCGAGGCCCAGCAGUUCCUCCGCUACGCGCAGGGCUCCGAGGUGCUCAUGGGCCGCCACAACGUGGCCUACCACAUCGUGUACAAGGAGGGCCAGUUCUACCCCGUGAACCUGCUGCGCAACGUGGCCAUGAAGCACGCGGGCACGCCCUACAUGUUCCUAUCCGACAUCGACUUCCUGCCCAUGUACGGGCUCUAUGAGUACCUCAGGAAGUCUGUCAUCCAGCUCGACCUCGCCAACACCAAGAAGGCGAUGAUCGUCCCCGCAUUCGAGACGCUGCGUUACCGGCUCUCUUUCCCCAAGUCGAAGGCAGAGUUGCUGUCAAUGCUGGACAUGGGGACUCUCUUCACAUUCAGGUACCACGUCUGGACAAAAGGCCACGCACCCACAAACUUCGCCAAGUGGCGGACCGCCACCACGCCUUACCGGGUUGAGUGGGAGGCCGAUUUCGAGCCGUAUGUUGUCGUGAGACGGGACUGUCCUGAGUACGACCGGAGGUUUGUGGGCUUUGGCUGGAACAAGGUGGCUCACAUCAUGGAACUGGAUGCGCAGGAGUAUGAAUUCAUCGUGCUGCCCAACGCAUACAUGAUCCACAUGCCUCACGCCCCCAGCUUCGACAUCACCAAGUUCCGGUCCAACAAGCAAUACCGCAUCUGUCUCAAAACCCUGAAGGAAGAGUUUCAGCAGGACAUGUCCCGCCGCUACGGCUUUGCCGCCCUCAAAUAUCUCACGGCCGAGAACAACAGCUAGCACCAAGAGGCCUGGCACCAGGGAGACAUUCUGCAGUGGGAGAGCCCCGUGCUGCAUGGGGCCCAGUCUUGAAACUCAAAUGGAGCAUUGCUUUUUUGGUUCAUUUUUGUUUGUCUCUUUGGCCCAACAGAGCUGCCCUCUCUACAGAGAUCUGGGACAAGGAUCCGGCCAAUCCCUCUCCGGCCCACAACCUGUCAUUCCCAGAGUGUGGGAAAAACAGCCCAUCCACAUGGUCUCUCCGAGAGAUGGGGCACAGAGGGGUGAGACGGAGCAAAAGGGUUAUCCUUCCACAAAGCCAGAUGACCAAGCAGGUCUUUAGGAUGUCCUCAUUGCUUUUAAAAAAGGGGAAGGUGGGGUGGGGGUGGGGGUGGGCAGCCAUCCCGGGAAAUAAAAGCAAAAAUGUCUCUUCUUCAGAGAAAACUUUCUUCUUUGCCCUGAAAUUUAGUUGAGUAUCCCAGGGGAGGGCACACCAAUGAUCGGAACCAACUAUUUGGCAAAACCCAGUGGGGACACUGUACCUGGCAGGACCUGGAGGUCGGAUUGGUUGGUUCUUCAUCCUCAAGGUCACCCUUGUUUUGUUUUGGGGAAUUUUAUUUCUUUGUUUGGUUUGGGUCUGGGAAUCCCAAAUAGAAAACCUGAUCUUUUAAGGCUCUGAAGGAGAGUCAGCUGCCUCGGUGAACAUCCCUCUGUCAGCAGUGGCCCAGCAAGGAGGCCAGGAGUCCUCGGCCACUAUUUAAACAUGGGUAGCCUUCUUCGGGAUGAUCACCGGGUGCCCCGGGACCUUGAAUUCCCUACUCUGCAGGAUCCAGGGGCUGUGAUUGGGACUGUGGAUAUACAAAGACCAGCUGUUUCACAACCGGUCACGUUUUCUAUUGGCUAUGACUGACUCACGGGGAAAGGGCUUUAAAGGGACAGUUUCCACGCACGCAAAAGGUACGAACCUCGCAGGCCUUUAGAAGAACUUUCAUCGUUCAUGCGAGCCCAGUCCCGAAGAGUCACAAGUCCACUUGGAGACCUUCGGGAAGAAUGUAUUGGGCUCCUGUGGUAUUGGCAUCGGCUUCGCUGAAGCUGGGACGAGGUCACGACCUCAGGUUCCCUCUGCGACCUGGCCCAGGGUAGGCAGGCACCUUCGCCGUGACACAGAUUGAGGGGACACUGGACUUUUUACCCAUUUUCUUGAAUCUUCGAUAUUAAUGUCAUGUUUACAUUGAUGAGAACAAGAGGCAGUGCCCUCCUCUCCGCCGGGCUGUGUGUGUCGAGUUGCAGGGUGACCAGCAAACGCUGCAGUCAAUAAACGGAAGUCCCAACUGUUUCUUCCCCCGUCCCCACCCGCUCUUGUCAGGAGCUCCCGGACACACUGCGGUGUGGAGAGCAAAGUCGAUAAACGGCAACCUUACACUUUCUCUUC